GGUCCUUUUAUCUUGCACAAUUCUGACGACACAUCUGAACCUUACAUUCAAGCUCAGAAAAAUAUCGGCAAACAUCACACAUAUUAGAGGCUUAUUGUUCAUAUCUCUUUUGUCAAAGUGUCGGAAGCUGAUGAUAGUGCAAUAAUUAUUGUUAUCAGCCUGCUGCAAGCUGGCAGCCGUCUGAGAGCUAUUUGUGGCUUUUGUAUAUCUAUAAAUGGAAACCUGCACCACUCUGAAGUUAUCACUGGGGCAGUAUGAUCGACUUCAGUCCAAGAAGGUGAAAACUGCAGUGCAUUCCAACAUGUAGUGGGAUAAACAGAGUGGAACUGUUAUUGCUUCAGGGACGAUGGAGAGGGAAAAGCAAGCAGUUUUCUUUCAUGGCACAGGGAAGAGUGGCCACACGGUGCCGACAGAAGUACCCCCGGCCAAGGUACUUUGUUUUACAUUUGUUCCAGCUGUAAAGAAACUGCCACUUAAAACUCGGGUUGCGCAGAGAGGAAGACACGAGCAGUCACUCGAGUAUUUAGGAGUAUACAAAGAAAAGGCGACUGAGGAGACCAUGUUAGAAGAUGGAGUUUUCAAGGCAGAGGUUGUGUACAUUGGCCAUUCAGAUGAAGACGAAGGAGGGGAUAAUACUGAACAUCAUUACUUAAAUGUGAUUCAAGGUGAUGACUCAACAAAACCAGGGCCACAAACUCAGUUGAAAUCUGCUGAUCACACGACCCAAGCCCUGCUUCCUACUCUUCCAGUCACUGCUCAUAAAAAGAAAGAAUCACAUCACUCAGUCAGAUUGAUUCCAAGAGCUCAGUCCACUCCGACAGAUUCACUUAAUCAUGAGCCUCAGUCAGUGCUCCAGCUGCGAGAUCCUAUUUCUCUCACCGCCAGAGUCCUCCCAAGUUUCUCUUCUGACAGACGUAGUGGUGAAAGUGAAAUAAUCCCCCCGGUUUCAGAUGACGUAACGAGUUCUCUGUUAACUCCGAGGCUGGUUACCUCACCUUCCUCUAAAGAAUCACUUCUGUCUGAGGACUCUGACAGAAUAAAGAGUUGGUCGGCCUUACAUUUGUUUUCUUCCGAGGGAUCGCAAGCCUCUCUCAGCCGCACUGUUUCUCCCUGUUCUUCGAUAAAAUCUGGAGUCUUCUCCCCAAAGAUAAUGCAAAUUAAGCGUCACUCUUUAGUGUCGGGGCCUAGUCUGCUACAGACACCCCCUCACUGCUGGUCUCCAAGCCACGAGAGCCUCACUCCCUCAUCCUCCUGCCAGAUGUCACCGAGUGCCACACUAGUGAGGUCAAAGCACAAGACACCACCAACACAGCUUUCACUCCUUACUGCUAUACUUAGGAAAGGCCAUCUUCCACAUAUAUCAGUGCAAAGGCCAUUCUCCCCUUCCUGGAUACACAGCCCAGCCAGCCUGUCAUCGCUGAAUCCCAGCUCUGCCACCUCAAGUCUGACGUCGGUCUCCUUUGAGGUUUCAAGGCCGCAGUCCCCGAGUGCUGUAGACAAUCCUCCCCCAAGAUCUCCUGCACGCACUCACAGACCAGCGUCAGUGUCCCGGAAGUGCCAGACACCCCCUCCUCCCCCCAGCCCCGCAGAGGUCAUCCCUUUCUCUCUUCCUCAUGCUUUGCUGAAUCCUUCACGCAGAGCAUGUGACUAUCAGCCCUCUUUUCACCUUCAUCGAGAGGGUCUCUCUCCUUGCCCCCCAGAGCACAGUGGUUCACGUCCCUCCCCAGCUCCUCCACCCAGACCAGCCACCGCUGGAUUUCAAAAGCCCUUGAACCAGACUGACACUACGAGGGGAUUCUCCCCAGCUCCUGACUCCAGGGUGCUUUGCUCAUCCUUGACUAGACAAAGCACUGCCUCCCCUACACUACGCCCCCUCUCCUGCUUCUCGGAGAGGCACCAUGUACCCUUCCAGGCACCAAGAGUCACCAUUUCUCCUGCUCCCGAGUGCCCCCAAGCUUACUCACCAGCUCCUCUGCACAACGGCAUGAGAACAGUCUCAGCUGGAGAGAGGCUCAGUCCCAGUGACCUUGUUUGCAAGCUUCCUUCAUCACCUAGACCACGCUCUGUUUCUCCUCCCUUUUCUUCUCGAUCCCCCUCACCUAGACCAGUCUCUACUAGUCCAAACCGCCCAGUUCUCACAGCCUCCCCAGCAUCAUGCAGUGACAGUGUUGGCCAGUCUGUCCCAUCACCUCCUCUCUCCUCGUCCGCCACUCCCUCUCCAACCCCAAAGUGUGGGAGGUCAGAUCUCUCACCCUCGUCCACUGAAAGUGAGGUUAGGAAUAGAAAGCAAUACAAGAUCAAGUCAAGCUACAAAGCCCUUGCAGCCAUUCCCACCAAUACCCUUCUCCUGGAGCAGCAGGCAAUAGAUGACAGAGUAGAAAAACUAGAGGUGGUUCCAGAUAACACUGGAGAUGAACGUAGGACAGAGACCCACACAGAGAUGUGCUCUCCGGCACAGCUCCGACAGGAGUCUGAGGAACUGUACGCCGCUAUCGAUCAGGCCUUAGAAGAACCCAUGCCUAUGCGUCGAACACUUUCCGCUCCAUCCUCCUUACAGAAGCUGUCGGAUAUUGAUUCACCGAAGCAAUUUACAACACUGCCAAGGUCUGCAGGACGAGAGACAAAAUAUGCAAUGUCCCAUCUGUUACCACCGGCUUGUGCUCCAAAACAACUGACCAAGCCUGGUGUGAUACGCCCUGUGCCUGUUAUUCCAAAAGUACCCGAAGAGGAGGAGGAAUACCAUCCAAACCCCUUCAGGCAGUAUCUAGAGGAGAUGACUGAUCUAGAGCUUCAAAAGCACCUGUCUCUGCCACCUUCAUUCUUGGCUUCCAUUGUCUCUCACCCUGCCUUCCAUCACCACCUGUGCCAGGCUGGCCUGCUCCCUGGGGGGCUGUCUCUGUCGGCCCCUCUGUCUCUCUCUCACAUCAGCUGUCUGAUUCCUGGACCAUACACUCACUUGUCCACCCCCAUUCUGCCUAACCUCCACACUAAUCUCCCGCGUGUCAGCACACUGUACAACAAGCCUCAGCACCCAAUCGUGACUAUCCAUGAAAAUGAAGCACUCAGCUCUAAAGAGAUUACUCACACGUUGCUUGGAGCUGGAAGGACAGGCAGCAACAAAAGCCCUGGGAACCAAAAGCUCAAUAAGGAGAAGUUCCAGCAAAACAUGCAGGUGCCCAACACCCAGGAACUCCUCCACACCGCAGGAAAGAAAGAGCAUAAAACACAGAAAUCCCCUUCAGGGCCAGUGGGGUCAACAGGGACCGUCUCCAGCUCCAUUGACUCUGCAGCAGCGAAGACGACGGAAGUUAGAGAGACCCACAUUUAAACGCGAGGGAAGAUCGUGAAGGAGACUGCACCAGAAGCAGUUCUGAACCUGAGCAGUCAGAGCUGGAAACAGUGACUGGGGGUUCACUGAACGGUCACACCAACUGUAAUAUCUUCAUUGCCAAAUCAUAGAGAUGUCCUUUGUAUUUUAUUUUGCCAUAAAGCUUUUCACAGCUCGCCAUCCUUGGAAUAUGGUUAUGAAUGAUGAGAUAUUUAAUUUAAUUAAUAAAUUGUAAAAGAAUAGUACUUCCUCCCACAUCAUACCCUCAGUGUUAAUCUGUUAGGUAUUAUAUGAUGCAUGAAGUCCUGUAAAAGCUUAUGUUAAUUAAACAGUAUACACUUAAAAAACGAAAACUGACAGGAAGAAUAUUUUUACAUCAGUUUGGGAUUACCUUUGUGAAUGCCAAAAGGUCUCUUUAAGUACAUUAAUACUUAAGGAAACUAUAUUAUUGUUUUAUACUAAAUUAUUUAGUUAAAUUAUUUACGAAUAGCAUUUUUAUAGUUUCCCAUUAUACGCAGUUUCAUACAAUUUUAAAUUUUCUAAUUUUAUAUGUAUAUGCAUUUUGUUUUUAGCUAUAGAAAUGUGUAAAUCUUUUUUUCUCUAAUAGAAAUUGAUCCAAAACAACAUAUUCAUUAUAUAACUCCCCUUUUCUUGUUUAAAUAUUUUGUUUGUAUAAUGCUAUUAUAAUAUAAUGGAAAUAUUAAUGUCUGUGUGGCAGUUUUGUGCAGCAGUUGAGGAGUGAUAUACAAGGAAAAAAUGCUUAAAUGCUACAGUGCUGUUGAUCAGCCUAAGUAAACACACCUUAAUUGUAAAAAAUUACAAGAAAUGCAAGUUAUUUCUAUAUUCCAUAAGAUUUCACCCCUUUAUUCAUUAUUCUGUAAUAAUGUAUUUAAAAAACAACUAUAAUUACCAUAAAUAAGUGAUCUUUUAUAUGUUUUCAUAUACUACAAAAUGUACAGCUGUUAGUAACAGUAAAAAAAUUAUUUCUCAAUUUAUAAACUAGGGGUUCAAUAGUAUAGCAUGCACUAAAUUACUCAUAGAACAAAUACAGUAACUCACUGGCCAAAGUUAAAAGAUGUCUUGGUUGGAAGUUUUGCACUUUCGUUAAGUAUGUAUUUGAUUGGUAGCUUUAAGAAUUCGUCCAUCCAUUUUCUAACCAGUUCUUUUGAUUCAGGGUAACGAGGGAGAGGGAGCCUAUCCCAGCAAGCAGCGGGCGCAAGGCAGGGUACAUGCUGAAUGGGACACCAGCCCAUCGCAGGGCAGGCUUUGAGGCUUUAAAACACUGACAUUUUCUUAGGUGUUUCAAUAACAGCAGUUUAGCAUGUACUGUACAUUCGUAGUGUCCAAGGCAGUUUCACUGGGAGAUUUUAACUGCCCUAACAUAGAUUUGAAUAUUCCAAUAUGCAGAAAUAGACAUGACUUUUUCCUCAGGUUGUCAAAACACCCACUAGAGGCGAUGGUAGUACUGAUCUAGUUUUCUCUAACAAUCAGGACAAGGUAAAGGGAGCAAAAGGGGGAGAACUACUUGAGAAUUGUGACUGUGAUGGGAUAACGCUUUGAAGUAUUUUACAGAUCCCUACGGGUAGGUUCAGGAAAGUAUAUAAUUACAGGCAAGCUGCCUGUGGGAAAAAAAAAGGAGGCAUGAUUUAAAAUCACAGUGGGGUCAGAUAGAUGGGGCAAUCAUUAGAAAACUAAUAACCAAAAAGGGAAUGCUACGAAAGAGGAGAUGCUACGGAGAAGUACGAAAUUGGCAGUCAUACCCUAGAAAGAAAUGGGCGAUGUGGUUUAAAAGAUCGAUCACAAAUUGGUCCUGCUUUACACAACGACUAGAUUUCUUUGAACAAGAUAUUAUAGCAAUGGAUAGACAAAGGCUGAGACACAGAAUGUUUCAUUUCCCAGAAAGCCUUUGAUCAAGUUCCAUCUAUUGAUUUCAAAUUGAAUCCUUACUGGAUUAGGUCAAUUGACAAAUAGACUUCCUGAUUUUUUUAUGGGAUUCUACAUUCCAGUGCAGUCAGCAAACAUGUCUUGUUUGCAGGUAGCAUACAAAAUACUCAUAAGCGAGGUAGCUGUGUUUUAACAAUACCACCCAGAAAUAUGUAGUUUUAAGCAUUUCAUGCAAGUAGUAAAAUUAAACAUCAUAAACACAAUAGGGGCAGCACUGACAUGGAAGAGGGUUUUGAGAAUGAUAGAAGUGUUUUGCAAGUCUCUUCAAUUUCUUCAUGCAGACAGAAUAAAUGAUCAGAAUUUAUUUUCUGUUUAAUAUAUUCUGGAAGUUAAAAAAAAUCUGUAAAAGAUGUUGUUAAUGCUUAUAAAUUUUAGUCACCACAGGGGGAUUUUGAAAUAAUAAUAAUAAUAAUAAUAAUAAUAAUAAUAAUAAUAAUGUCAGUGCUAAAUUAUUUUGCAUCGAUUAUGACAUUUGUACUAGGCUAUUAUAGUAUUUCUGAAUAGGUAUUAACGAUUACUGUCUCUGUGACUAUCUGACAUGUUUGUGUGGGAUGUUAAAAGGAAAUCGGAGGUAAUUAUUAUGUUCCAGGCAUUCAUUUACUCCUGGAGAAAGCUGGAGGAGCUGGUUUAAUUAACACAAGGGUAUAUAACAAAAUUGGAAGAAACACUUCAUUGACCUUUAAAAAAAUUAAAUAACCUUGUUUCUGAGAGCUGAAAUUGCAGCCUCUAAUGCAAUGUUUGAGCUUGAGGAUCCUCAUAUUGACAGACUCCUGCUCUCACCAGAGAGAUUUUCACACAGGUGCAGUAGUUUCCUGGGUAGCAGAAAUGGGUUCUAGUGCACCCCCCCAAGUCAAGGAGCUUCCAGGACAUGCCUUUUUAUGUAAUUUCAGCGGGUUAGAGGUGACAUCAUGGGACUUAAUAUGAGAUUUGUACCACUAUACAAAUGAAGUUUAUUUAUUGAAUGCACAACAAUAGAGCGUGCAGCAGGAGUUCCUGGCAAUGAAAUGUCUCUUCUACAAGCUCACCGGGGGAAAUCACAAACUUAAAAUGACAAAAUAAGGUUACUUAAUAACAGAUAAUGGUCCAAUAGAAAUUGAAUAAAAUAAACUUUAACUCAACUCAAAAUAAACAACACUCAUAAAUAUAGCUGCUAUGUGUCCAGUGUGUAUGCAAUACAUUAUGUCCAAGUAUUGCGGUAUGCCAAAUACAGUUUUCAUUGCAUGUCCAUGUAGCCAUUACAGGUGACUUGCUAAAGGAACUGCAGGUUACUACAGUACGUCUGGUUCUGGCUGCAUUGAUACAAAGGGAUAACCUACCUUAUGUCAUUAUCUCACUUAACUCUAACAAUAGCUUCUGAUAUAUCAUUAAUUUAUCAAUUGUGUACAUCCCCUCUAAUGGACUACUGUCCCAUCCAGGGUGUAUCCUGCCUUGUGCCCGUUGCUUGCUGGGAUAGGCUCCGGCUCCCUGCUACACGGUAUGGUAUAAAGUGGUCAGAUAAUGGAUGGGUAGGUUGAUGGCAUAUGACUAUAUUCAAUUUAGACAUAUAUAUAACCAUGUUGAAAUAAUACCUGGAUAUUUCAGGACAUGUAACAGAAAAGUGGUAAAAAAAAUGCCAUUCUUAUUCUAUAAUGUAUAAUGCUAUAAAACAGAAUAGAAAAGGCUGUCUUGCACGUGCAGGCAGAAGUAAAAGGAAUUAAAACCUUCAUUCCAUCUUCAGACAGUACAGGAUACUCCCUGGAGACUGACAGUCAUUCAGUGGGGUGGAAGCAGUGUUGCCAGUGAUAAGUAUUACUUGUGUAGGAGAUAUCUGCAAAAAUAUGUAUCUUGAUCCAAGGAUCCCUGAAAUUUAUACAAGACACAUUCUUAACUUCCAUUCUAUCUUCCAUUUGUAAACCAUUGUAAAUUAGCCUGGGCAAAGCGGUCUGCAUUAAUAGAUAAAGAUCAUUACAUUUACAGCAUCAACAAUAGUAAUGCAAUAUGUAUUUACAAGUGAUUGUGGAUUUGAUAUGAUUUUGUGAUCCCAGGUUUGGCUGCACAUACAAUGUUAAUGAAAGUAUUUACUAAUUGCAUUUAAUAAUGUUUACAGUAGCUUGCUUAUCAAAGCAUCCCUAUGAAGCAGCCUGACUGAGCUGAGUGCAAGAAAAUCCAAUAAACCUGAUAAGAAUUUACUAGG